GUCAUCAUGUGGAUGAAAGGCUUCGUUUUAGGCUGCAUGACUGUGGCACUGCUGAUUCAGCUUUCCACGGCCGGCCUGGUGAAGGUCAUCCGCCACCGCAGAGAGACUCUGAUGCCCAAGAAAACGCAGGAGAACCUCACUCUGCCUCACCCUGACCAGCCCGUAGUGUUCAACCACGUCUACAACAUCAACGUCCCCACCACGUCCCUCUGCUCUGUGGAUCUUGACUCGCCCGUGGGCACAGAGCUCAAACAAAAGCCAGACCCAAUGGACAUGCAGAACAGCGAGCACAUGGAGCAUACUGUGGAUGGCGACAAUCAGAUUGUUUUCACCCACCGCAUUAAUAUCCCCAAGCAGGCAUGUGGUUGCAACAACCAGCUUCCAGACAUCAAGGAUAUCCUGAACAGGCUGGAGAUGCUUGAGUCAGAGCUGUCUAGUCUGAGGGAGCAGUGCAACAGUGGGGCAGGAUGCUGUGGAGCUCAAGUUACAGGUGAAGUAUCCACAAAGCCCUACUGUAAUGGCCGUGGUAACUGGAGCACUGACACUUGCAGUUGCACCUGUGAGCCAGGAUGGAAGGGUCACAACUGCACCGAACCUGAGUGCCCCAACGACUGCCAGGACCAGGGCCGCUGUGUGGACGGAAAAUGUGAAUGCUUUGAGGGCUUUGGUGGGGAUGACUGUGCUAUUGAGCUCUGCCUACUGGACUGCGGUGACUACGGCCACUGUAUUGACGGCUCCUGCCUAUGUGAGGAGGGCUUCCUUGGUAUGGACUGCACCCAGACCAACUGCCUUAACAACUGUCUGGGCCGUGGACGCUGCGUAGAGGAUGAGUGUGUUUGCGAUGAGCCAUGGACGGGCUUCGACUGCUCCGAACUCAUCUGUCCAAAUGACUGCUAUGACCGCGGACGCUGCAUUAACGGCACCUGCUACUGUGACCAGGGCUACGCUGGGGAAGACUGCGGCAAUCUCACCUGUCCUGGCAACUGUAACAAUCGUGGUGAAUGUGUGAAUGGCGAGUGUGUGUGCCAGACUGGCUACAGUGGAGAAGACUGCUCAAAGCUCACUUGUCCCGCAAAUUGCAACGAGAGAGGCCAUUGUUUCAAUGGGAAAUGCAUCUGUGAUCCAGGAUUUGAGGGUGAAGAUUGCUCCAUUCUUUCAUGCCCUGACAACUGUAGCAACAGGGGAAAGUGCAUUAAUGGAGAAUGUGCAUGUGACUUGGGAUACCAAGGUGAGGACUGUAGUGAGCUGUCCUGCCGCAACAAUUGCCAAGACCGGGGUCGUUGCAUUGAUGGACAGUGCAUGUGUAACAAGGGAUACUCUGGGGAGGACUGCAGUAUUAAGACCUGUCCAAAAGACUGCAUGGGACGUGGAGAAUGCAUUGACGGCAAGUGUCAAUGCUUCGCUGGCUUCAAAGGCAAAGACUGUGGUGAGCUGACCUGCCCGAAUGACUGCUUGGACCGUGGUCGCUGCGUGAACGGACAAUGCGUUUGUCAUAAAGGUUUCGCUGGUGAGGACUGCAGUGAGAAGACAUGUCCCAAGAACUGUCUUGAAAGAGGUUACUGUGUGGAUGGCAACUGUGUGUGUUACGAGGGUUUCACUGGACUGGACUGCUCCACACUGACCUGUACCGGAGACUGUCAGAACCAGGGACGCUGUGAGAACGGAGUCUGUGUCUGUGACGAGGGCUACAUUGGAGAGGACUGCUCUGAGGUCUCACCACCCAAGGACCUACAAGUGAUAGAGGUCACCCCUGAGACACUGGACCUGUCCUGGGAAAAUGAGAUGCGUGUUACCGAGUACCUGAUCACCUACGUGCCCACAGCAGCAGGAGGCCUGGAGCUAGACAUGCGUGUGCCUGGGGAUCAGAAAUUGGCCACCAUUCGAGAGCUCGAACCUGGCAUUGAGUACCUGAUCAGUGUCUUUGCUGUUCUUAGCAACAAGAGGAGUGUUCCUGUCAGUGCAAGGGUGGCCACACAUCUGCCUGAGCCUGAAGGGCUCAAGUUCAAGUCAGUUCGGGAGUCGUCAGUGGAGGUACAGUGGGACCCACUGGACAUUCCCUUCGACGGAUGGAACAUCAUCUUCAGGAAUACAAAAGAGGAGGAUGGUGAGAUUCUUAACUCCCUUGGCCGUCCAGAGACCACCUUUGAGCAGUCAGGCCUGGGCCCUGGCCAGGAGUACGAGGUCAAACUGGAGGUGGUGAAGAACAACAAGCGUGGACCGCCUGCCUCCAAGAACGUCAUCACAAGGAUUGAUGCCCCCAGUCAAGUGGACGUACGUGAUGUGACAGAGACCACAGCGCUGGUGACCUGGUUCCAGCCUGUGGCCCAUGUUGAUGGCAUCAGCAUCUCCUACGGGCCUAGUUCUAACCCUGCUGACCGCAGCAUAGUAGAACUGUCCUCCACUGACACACAGUACCACCUGGGUGGCCUCAUCCCCGACACCCAGUACGAGGUGUCUCUGACAGCUCGGAUGGGAGAAAGGACCAGUAUUCCUGUUUAUGAAACUUUCCUCACAGACCUGGACGCCCCCAGAGACCUGCAGAUGGUGGAGCUGACAGACGAAAGUAUUACCCUUGAGUGGAAGAACAGUCAAGCUCAGGUGGAGAACUAUCGCAUCAAGUACGGACCUCUGUCUGGAGGCGAUCAUGGAGAGAUGCUCUUUCCUCCAGGACCCAAAGAAACCACCCAGGCCAAGAUCACAGGCCUGAGACCUGGCACGGAGUACGGGAUGGGUGUCACAGCGGUGAAGGAUGAGCGGGAGAGUCUGCCCACGACCACCAACGCAGUGACUGCCCUGGAUGCUCCCAAGGACCUGACUGUGACGGAGGUGACAGAGACCACUAUUAUGCUGGAGUGGAAGCGCCCGCUGGCCAAACUCGACUCCUACAGACUGGUCCAUGUCUCCGCUGAUGGCCACAGGGCUGAGGAGGUGGUCCCAGGCAGCUCUGAGUCUCACACCCUGAGGGGCCUGACACCUGGCAUGCUCUACACCAUCAGUAUCAUUGCUGAGCGCGGCCGCAGGACCAGUGCUCCGGCAACCAUCUCUGAGCCCACAGAGGAGGAGAAGCCUUUGGUGACCAAUGUCACUGUCAGCGAUGUGUCAUGGGAAAGCUUCCUCCUGUCCUGGUCUGCUGAGGAUGGGAAGUUUGAGGCCUUUCUGAUCGAGGUUACUGAUGCAGAAACGGGUGCUGAGUGGAAAAACCACACGGUGCCUGCUGAUGCUCGCAGCCUCGCCAUCUCUGGCCUCUCCCCUGCCACCUGGUACAGGGCCAAUCUGUACGGGGUGUACAGGGGGACCCUCUUAGAUCCUGUUUUUGCAGACACCAUCACAGAGGACGAACCGGAGGUGCAGGCUCUCCUAGUGUCCGACGUCGCCCUCGACAGCUUUAAACUGGCCUGGAUGGCUGAAGAGGAUGCCUUCGACACCUUUGUUAUAAUGGUCAGCCAGGCUGAAGGCUCAGACCAACCGAGAGAACUGGUGUUGGGCGGUGAAGAGCGAAGCGCGGCAAUGACUGAGCUCACUGAGGACACAGAGUACAAAAUUGAAAUCUUUGGCCUUGUUCUUGGAAGACGCUCCAAGUCUGUAUUCGAGGGGGUGAGAACAGAUCUGGGCUCACCCAAGGGCAUCCGCUUCUCUGAUGUCACCGACACAUCCGCCACCGUUCACUGGGCAGUUCCAAGAGCUCGGGUGGACAGCUACAGGGUCACAUAUGUGCCUGCUCAUGGAGGUAAUGCUAAGACGCUUACAGUGGAUCACUCCGAGUCUCACACCGUGCUGCCCAACCUGACACCCGGGGUCACCUAUGAGGUCACUGUUGUUGCUGUCAAGGGUCAGAGGGAGAGUGAGCCUGGGUCAGACAGUGUCACCACAGCUCUGGACAAGCCCCGUGGUCUGAAUGCCAUCAAUAUCACAGACACUGAAGCUCUGCUGCUCUGGCAGCCCGCCAUUGCCACCGUAGACGGAUAUGUCAUCACCUACAGUGCAGACUCAGUGGCUCCAGUGAUGGAGCGCGUGUCAGGAAACGUGGUGGAGUUUGAGAUGAGCUCUCUGACGCCAGCGACGCACUACACUGUGAAGGUAUAUGCGGUGAGGGACUUGUCCAAGAGCGCAGCCACUACCACUGAGUUUACCACCGCAUAUUUCUUCCAUCAGGAGGUGGUCCUGAGUCCCACUGCCGUAUCAUACAACAUGGCUCAGCUCAGCGCCUCCACAGAGUAUUCAAUCAGGCUGCAGGCCAUCGCUGGUCCCAAGAGGAGCCGAGUCAUCUCCUCUGUCUUCACCACCACUGGAGUGCUGUACAGAUACCCCAGGGACUGCUCCCAGGCUCUGCUGAACGGUGAUACCUCAUCCGGCCUGUACACCAUCUAUCUGGCCGGAGAUGAGAGCCAGCCCAUCCAGGUCUACUGUGACAUGAUCACCGAUGGAGGCGGAUGGAUCAUUUUCCUCAGACGUCAGAGCGGGAAACUGGAGUUUUUCCGUAACUGGAAGAAUUACACGGGCGGCUUCGGUGACAUGAACGAUGAAUUCUGGCUGGGUCUGUCCAACCUGCAUAAGAUCACAGCUGGAGGUCAGUACGAGCUGCGGGUGGACCUGAGAGACAAGGGUGAAGCAGCCUACGCUCAGUACGACAAGUUCUCUGUGUCGGAACCUCGAACCCGCUACAAGGUCCAUGUAGGAGGAUACAGUGGAACAGCAGGCGACUCCAUGACCUACCACCACGGCCGUCCGUUCUCCACCUACGACCAUGACAAUGACAUUGCUGUCACCAACUGUGCCCUGUCCUAUAAGGGAGCCUUCUGGUAUAAAAACUGUCACCGUGUCAACCUCAUGGGACGAUAUGGAGAUAACAGUCACAGCAAGGGUGUGAACUGGUUCCACUGGAAAGGCCACGAGCACUCGAUCGAGUUUGCGGAUAUGAAGAUCAGGCCUUCCAACUUCAGGAACCUGGAGGGGAGGAGGAAACGAUCAUAA